GUAACCGAUUCCCUCUCAUCCAACGAACACGAGGAUGUUGAGGGUGCCGAAGGCACCAAUACGGGGGGUGGUUGUCCUGCCAUCGGCAAUAGCCGGUGCAUGGGAGUCGAUGGUAAUGUAGAAAUGCCUGAUGGUGAUGAUCCUUGGAUCAGCUCCAAGCUGCAGGAUCUUGACUUUGAGGUGUGGGCGCUUUCCUUACUUGGCAAGGUGCAGCAAUUGUCCUGCAGGGUGUUCAUCUCUGCUGAGAUUGAGAAUUGGUCUGCACUCUGCAUCCCAUCUCAUCUGACCCAGGUGUACUCCAAUCUGAUCCAGGAUUCACCAACCCUGGCUGCUUCGUCUGGCAAGGUGUUGACACUGCAAAAUUCCCAAGGACGAAAAAAUUAUGUUACUCGCUAA